GGGUCCCAGGGGUGCUCCCUCUCCGUGCUCUGGGCUGGCAAUGAAGGGCCUGACCCAGGAAGAACAACCCCCACCGCGGGGGGGGACACCUCACAUCCCCCACCCAUCACCGCGGCUCUGCCGGGAACCGCCACCGAGACCCGCAAAAAAACACCUCCCGGGGACCCCCAAUAUCCCCCCAGGGCAUUUGCGGCUCAGCUUUAGAGUCCUCCAAGCUCCAGACAUCCCCUCCCCCCAAAAACACAACAAACCCAGAGACUGUCCAAGAUCCUGGGGACGAGCCCCGCGCUCACCUGAGCGAUGCGGGCGGGGAGCUGCGGCCUCCCGGCCUCUCCUUCCGCCCUCGCUCACGCUGCUCCUCCCGCUCCUGCUGCGCCCCCGUCUCGCCCCUGCCUCCCCCUUCUCUUUUUCUCUCCGCUCCUGCGGCUCCGGCUCCUCCCAGACCCCACCUCCCUCUCCUCCUCCCUCCCUCCCUUCUCCCGCUCCCGCCCAUCCGCGGCCUCCGCGGCUCCUGCAGGCCCCGCCGGACCGGCCGCCAACUGGGGGAGCCCCGGGCCGGGCUCCGACCCCGCCGCCAACAGGAUUUCUGAUUCCCAAACCUUGGUUGGAUGGAGGAGGAGGCUGUGAGGAAGAUGCCCCAGGACACCCAGGCAGGCCCCGAGCUGAGGAUGGAGAGCCCAGAGGACAAAUCCCCCCAGCAGAGCCUGGUGGGAGAGGCCGUUUUGAAGGGCUCCACGGCACAGAAAGGCAGCGGGGAGGAAAAACCACAGAGAUACCCAACAAGGAGGGGCUCCAAAGGCAGCCCAGGGUGCUCUGAGGAGGAAAGACCCAGCCUGUGCCGGGAAGGCGGCUGGAGCUUGAGCCGGAGCUCCGACCUGGUGGUCCUUGAGCAGCCUCCCAGCAGGGAGAAGCCCUUCAGGUGCUUGGAAUGUGGGAAGAAUUUCAGUCACAAUUGCAACCUGAUCCGCCACCAGAUGAUCCACAGGGGAAAACGGCCCUACAAGUGCUUGAAAUGUGGGAAGAGCUUCAGAAAGAGCUCCAACCUGAUCAGCCACCAGAAGAUCCAUACUGUGGAGAAGACCUACAAGUGCUUGGAAUGCAGGAAGAGCUUCAGCCACAGAUCUAAACUGGUUCGCCACCAGAGCAUCCACACUAGGGAGAAGCCCUACAAGUGCUUGGAAUGUGGGAAGAGCGUCAGCCACAGUUCCAGCCUGAUCCGCCACCAGAUGAUCCACACGGGGGAACGGCCCUACAAGUGCUUGGAAUGUGAGAAGAGCUUCAGAGACAGCUCCACCCUGCUCCGCCAUCAGCAGAUCCACACCAGGGAGAAGCCUUACAGGUCCUUGGAACGCGGGAAGAGUUUCCACAGCUCUGAACUGGUUCGCCACCAGAGCAUCCACACUGGAGAAAAGCCCUACAAGUGCUUGGAAUGUGGGAAGAGCGUCAGCCACAGUUCCAGCCUGAUCCGCCACCAGAUGAUCCACACAGGGGAACGGCCCUACAAGUGCUUGGAAUGUGGGAAGAGCUUCAGAGACAGCUCCACCCUGCUCCGCCAUCAGCAGAUCCACACCAGGGAGAAGCCUUACAAGUCCUUGAAAUGCAGGAAGAGCUUCAGCCACAACUGGUGACCCACUGGAGUGCUGAGGCCUGAACAACAGGCCCUGAGCCAAGGUUGACCUUUAGAUGAACCUUUCAACCUAACGUUGUAUUAAGUCAUGUAUCCGCUUAUCAACAAAAUCUAUGUAUGCUUGUUAGUAAAGUAGGUACUGUGAUAAGACUACACCUGUGUAAAUAUGUGUGCUUAUUAGUAAGGUAUAUUUUUGUUCUCUCAUUAGUGAAUAACAUUUGUAUCUGUUCAUUAAUGAAAUAUGUAUGAUUGUCAGCAAAAUAUGAGUAUAUUUAUCUUUCUGUAUUUAGAGACUAGUCAAGGCCAUGGAAGUAGAUCCCUGGCCUUGUUUGGCAGCAGAUGGUGCAGGAUGACUCCCUUGGUUUUCCCCUGAAGCCCUGGCCAGGCUUUGGGUGAAACCCAAGGAGAGAAGGAAGCCAGAUGUUUUCCACACUAGUGGUUAUGUAAGUUUGUUUGUUCAACAGUAUAAAAGCUGGACCCUCUCACAGCAAAGAUAGAGACCUCCACUAUGAUUGGAUGACCUGCAUAGGACUUCCCAGAUCCCGAGAGGGGUUCUCUGACCCUUUGCUGUGACCGGGGUUCCCCAGGUGACCUGCAGGUCUGGAUGCUGGUAAUGUAUCAGGGUAACUGGUGAUUUCUUAGUGACUGUAGGCAGUCUUUGUAGUAACGAUUAGGUGCAUUACUGAGCUUAUCUUUUUGCAAUUCUUUGCUGUUUUGCAUUAAAGUAACAUUACGCACUUGUUCCUUAA